UCAAGUCAUGACAAGAAAGGGGCCGGUACCAUCAUGAUCGGUUCGUUCUUGUAUGUGCCUCUUGAUGCAAAAAAACACAUUAAGUUACAACGUUAGCUCUGUGUGUGUAUAUAUAUAUAUAUUGUUGAUAUUAUAUACAAUACCUUCAUUUAGUCUUUUGUAAGUUAAAACAUGGAUUUGUCACAAAUUAGAGAUGCCCAAAGGCACAAUGUAGAAGCAGAAGAUGUAAAUGAUUGUCCAAUUGAGCAAGUUAGACUGACUGUCCCAGCAACAGAUGAUCCAUCACUCGCGUGCCUGACUUUCCGGACAUGGUUUUUAGGAAUCAUAUCAUGUGGUGUUCUUGCUUUCUUAAACCAGUUCUUUGGAUACCGGCAAAAUGCACUAACAGUGUCUUCAGUUAUAGCCCAAAUUGUUGUUUUACCACUUGGAAGAAUGAUGGAAGCAAGUCUACCCACAAAACACAUACAAUUUCCAGGAACAAAAUGGUCUUUUUCGUUGAACCCGGGCCCUUUUAACAUGAAAGAGCAUGUUCUUAUUACUAUAUUAGCAAAUGCUGGUUCAAGUUCGGUUUAUGCAGUGGGGAUUAUUACUAUCGUUAAGGCGUUUUACCACACUGAAAUUCAUCCACUUGCAGCAUUGCUGCUUACCCAAAGUACCCAGCUACUUGGAUUUGGAUGGGCUGGUCUUUUUCGAAAGUUUUUAGUAGACUCUCCAUACAUGUGGUGGCCUGCAACUCUGGUUCAAGUCUCUCUGUUUAGGACAUUGCACGAGGAAGAAAAGAGACCAAAGGGAGGCCUAACAAGACUACAGUUCUUCAUGAUUGUACUCAUAACUAGCUUUUCAUACUACGUGGUUCCAAACUACUUCUUUCAAUCCAUUACGGCUCUGUCUUUCGUAUGUUGGAUAUGGAAGGAUUCCUUCAAAGCGCAACAAAUUGGUUCCGGUCUUAAAGGAUUUGGCAUUGGUGCUUUUGGUCUUGAUUGGGCAACUGUUGCUUCUUUCUUGGGAAGCCCGUUAGCCACCCCUGGAUUCGCUAUGGUGAAUAUGUUGGUUGGUUACGUGAUAGUCUUUUACAUGGUGGUUCCUAUAUCUUAUUGGAGCAAUUGGUAUGAAGCCCGCCGAUUCCCCAUGUAUGCUUUCAAGACAUACAAUGCAGACGGAACAAAGUACAACGUCACAAAAGUUUUAAACCAAACUUCUUUUUCAUUUGAUCAAAAAGGAUAUGAUGAAUACGGGAAAGUUCACCUUAGUAUCUUGUUUGUACUUGCCUACGGUCUAAGUUUUGCAUCGUUGGCUGCCACGGUAUCUCAUGUGCUUCUUUUCCAUGGGAGCACAAUUUGGGAACAAACAAAGGCUUCACUCAACAAAAAUUUUGGUGAUGUGCAUACAAGGAUAAUGAAGAAAAACUAUGAGCCUGUCCCGCAAUGGUGGUUUCAUACACUUCUAAUACUUGUGGUAGGACUUGCUUUGCUUACUUGUGAAGGAUUCCAGAGGCAAUUACAACUUCCUUACUGGGGUAUCAUCUUAGCAGUCGGUUUGGCUUCAAUAUUUACAUUGCCCGUUGGUGUUAUUUAUGCCACCACAAACCAGGGAGUAGGACUAAAUGUAAUCACAGAACUCAUCAUAGGAUAUAUGUACCCAGGGAGACCGCUUGCUAAUGUAGUGUUCAAAACGUAUGGAGACAACAGUAUGUGGCAAGCGAUACAAUUUCUCAGUGAUUUUAAGUUAGGCCAUUAUAUGAAAAUACCGCCACGGUCCAUGUUUGUUGUUCAGUUGGCAGGGACUAUCAUAGCAUCUACCAUCUAUUUUGCUACAUCUUGGUGGCUACUAACAACUGUGGAAUAUAUUUGUGACCCAACCCGUUUACCAACUGGCAGCCCGUGGACAUGCCCAGGAGAUGAUGUUUUCUACAAUGCUUCAAUUAUAUGGGGAUUGGUGGGUCCUCAACGGAUGUUUGGGAAUCUUGGGUUAUACUCAAAGAUGAAUUACUUCUUUCUCUUUGGAAUCCUUGCACCAGUGCCCUUUUGGUUUCUUUCUCGAAAGUUUCCAGAAUGGAAAUGGACAAGGCUUGUAAACAUACCCAUCCUUAUAAACUGUCCAGGACCACCGGUUAAGGCGGUGAAUUAUAACAUGUGGUUUUCGGUGGGGAUGUUCUUUAACUUUGUGGUUUAUAAGAGGUUCAAGAGUUGGUGGGCGAGGCAUAAUUAUAUUCUAUCGGCUGGCCUUGAUGCUGGCGUUGCGUUUAUGGCUAUUCUUUGUUAUCUGGUGUUACAAAAUAGGAACAUCAAUGGACCAGAAUGGUGGGGUUUAGAGGUGGAUGACCACUGUCCGUUGGCUAAUUGUCCUUCUAUACCUGGUAUCGACGUUCCAGGAUGUCCUAUCAUCCAAUGAAACCAGCCUCUAAGCAAAGCUAAGGGGCUGUUUGGUUUCUAGAAUUUAUGAAAAAUCUGGUGGAAUGGAAUUUAAAAUUUCCUAUGUUAACCUAACAUGACAAGGAAGAAAACUUUAAAUUCCAUUCUACCGGAUUCCCAUAAAUUCUUGGAACCACAAGGCCGCUAAAUUUCCUUUUUUUUUCCUUUUGUAUGUGUAUCAAAGUAGCCAUGGUAGUAGAACCUAACUAGAUUUCUGUUACAUGUAGUUUUAUGAAAGUUAGGAAUAUGUAUGUUUGGUAGCUUAGUAACAAAAAAUGAAAAAUCAUGUAGAUAUAUAUUAUAUGGAAAACUCCUAUAUGUAAUUUGACAUGU